AUUCGCCUUCUUUCUCCAUCUGGAUUUGUUCUUCGCGAUUGAACAAAUUUCCAUAUGCAAAAAUUCGGCGUGAUUCUUUGUCCAUAUGCAAAAUUUUCCAUAUGCUAGCAGAUAAAGGUCAAAGAGGCUUAUGCCAGAAGCUAAGCCAAACCUUUUGUCUAGGCUUCACUCAAACAUCCUCCGUUGUCCGAUUGCUUCAGCACAGAUGUGUUCGUUGCUAUCACUCUCGCCAGAGUCCCCCUUAAUCUUCAAGAUCUAAGUUUCCAUGUUUCGAAGUUUUCAGGGAGAGGAAUUUGAGCACUAAUCAGAAAUUGCGACAUCCAAGACGACGCCAAAGACAUCAAUGUUCAAAUGUUUGAUGGCUCCCAUGACGAGGGCAUGGACAAUGGCACAUCUCAAACAACAAUAUGGAGUUUCGAUCAGAUGGUUCUACAUGAAGGCGCGAGUGAUGAGAAAAAGAGAUGGGCUCUCAAUUAUUUUGACAUUAUUAGACAGCCGCUUGAGAGAAGAAACUUUGGUCACAUCUAUUAUGCUAGGGAGAGCAGAGGGUAAAGUAACAUUUUUUACCCGUAGAAAAUGAUAUACACUAUUGGAUUAAUCAUCUUUUAGAAUUAAGACAAGUUGGCAUUGUUCUAGGAUUUUAUUUUCAAUUGCCCCCAAUGUGCAAUGGUGAAAUUAAGCUUGCAAAUUUUG